AUGGAUCGAAAGGAUGCUGCCAUCAGCAUAGAGAGCAUUCAAGAUGGUGAAAUUGAUGUGCUCAGCUUGGACGAUGCUGUCGCUCCUGCGAGUGGCAAGCCAGACAUGCCACAUCAAUUUAAUUGGAUCUCAACUCUCGGGAUAUCCUUCUCGAUCACGAAUUCCUGGGCAGGCUAUCUGAGCAAUUUCGGCCAGACCCUGGCUUACGGCGGUCCUCGGCUAGUAAUAUUCGGGUUUAUCUGUGCGAUUGUUGUCCAGUUUAUCGUAGUCCUCGGGCUCAGUGAGCUGGCAUCGGCCUUUCCGUCGAGUGGAGGCCAGUAUCACUUCUGCUAUAUGCUCAGUCCGACAAAGUCAAGAAGGUUUGCUGCCUUCGUGGUCGGAUGUAUGUCUGUUCUAGCGUGGUGGAUAGUGACAUCUUCCGGUAUCUCACUUGUCACGGCCUCCCUUGCGGGAAUUGUGAAAUUCUGGCGUCCAGAGUAUUCGGCCUCUCAAUGGCACAUAUAUCUUAUCUAUAUUGCCGUAGCUCUGCUGACAUUGAUCCCAAUAUUUGUGGCUCCAAGCAAAGUCCACUGGACAGUUCAGACGGCUCUUUUCCUAUCUCUCAUGGGCAUGGUCCUUGUUUUCAUCGUCUCACUUGCCAUGUGCCAACAAAAGCAACCAGUAUCAUUCCUGCUACAAUCUGGAUAUGGAAUAUCCGGUUGGAAUGACGGUACUGCGUGGAUGCUGGGUGUAAUGAAUGCGAUGUACGCCAUUACAGGAACUGAUGCGGCCAUUCAUAUCAGUGAAGAACUCCCGCAGCCAGGGAAGCGUGUUCCUCAGGCCAUGAUAAUGAGUAUUUUUCUGAGUCUCGCCACCUGCCUGCCUCUGUUUGUUGCUUUGAUGUUCUGCAUGUCCGAUAUGAAUGCCGUGGUCAGCUCAGCGCUUCCGAGCAUGGAGUUGAUUUAUCAGGCGACCCAGAGUAAAGGUCUUACCACUUUUUUGUCGGUAUGGCUUUUGGCCAUCUAUGCUGCCUCCAUUCCAUCUCAAUGGGUAACUUGCAGCAGAAUGGCAUGGGCACUGGCCCGAGAUAUUGAUUCCCCAUCGGCAAGAUACUUCGCUCAAGUAGACGUAAAACUCAAGUUUCCUGUUAGGACAACAGUCGCCACAUUCAUUUUCAUCGCCGUAUAUAGCCUGCUGUACCUUGUUUCCUCCGGUGCAUUCAACAUGAUUACCAACUGCGCGGUUCUUUUUCUCAAUAUAACCUAUGUGGUGCCACAGGGCUUAAUCCUGGUCUCAGGACGGUCAAGGUUGCUUCCACGUCGAUAUGUAAACCUCGGUUUUCUGGGUUAUUUCUGCAAUGCCUUUGUCGUUUUAUGGAUAGUAGUCUUAGGGGUGUUUGUUUGUCUUCCCCUUGAACUGCCUGUGGAAGCUGCGUUGAUGAACUAUACGUCUGUUGUGCUUGUUGGGCUGUUUGCUCUUGUGAUUCUUCUGUGGUAUCGGCUGGGCAGACGAGCAUUCAAGGGGCCUCAGAUUAACUGGGAGAUGAUGCAAACUGCAGAUGCUGCUCCUAAGUAA